AUGGGCAGCGUCGUGCUUUGUUCGUUCAGCAAAGCCACCUCCACAGCGGCUGUCGUUCUGAACAUCCUAGGCUUCAUCGCCGACGCUUUUUCCGCGUUAUUAUUGAUCACCUGGUUGCACGGGGUGUUUGACGGCGGUUUCGGCGUUGCGGAUGAGGUUUUCGUCCUUCUACUUGUUAUCCACGCUAUCGCCGCGCCCCUCACCUUCCUCGCGGGCUCGGUGUUUGCUUUCAAGGCGGUCUUUACCUGGACACAGGGCGGUGGUGCCGCACGUCACCGGUGGAUAUGGAACACCCGGUGCCAGUUGCUAGUGUGCAGGUGAGGUGAAAUGUGCCACUAUUUAGAGGAUAACCUUGCCUCUGUGUGCCGCGAAUGCAACAUCCGAAAUGCUACGAACCUCUUCUUCUUGCAAACGUGAAAAAUAAUACAUUGUCGGAGUAUUGAUUAUUUAGGACAAGACCCGAAACGAGAAAACUGCACACACUGUGCAAACCAUGACAAUUGCCCCCGUUGCGAUCCUUGAGUACUCCUUCACACCUCAAGCGAGAGAACCCUCGGAGCGGAUUCCCAAGCCUAAUGUUCGAUUCAGCACUUAACGCUCGGGCUCUUGCUGGCAAGAGCAUACUUUGUUAUUUUAUUUUUUCUUUUGAGAAUUCUGGCCCUGCGAUUCAUCGGCAUGUCCCCGCACGCGUCACCGAGCAGGCUCCCAAGUCUAUGGACAACGCGUGCUCAUGGACAACAGAUUUUUCAAGUCUCCCAGGGCAAUACAUAGCACGCAUAGCUUCCUGUACAACCGCCAGAAGACGUACUUGGGAGUCAGUCGUAGAGAAUUACCUUCUGUGUGGGGGGCGAGGAACGACACGCAGUGCUGCACAUUCACGGCAGGCUGUACUUUCGACGCGCGCGGAGUAUACCGCGUUGACUUUUCGUAUGUUUGAUGGGGACCGCGGUGGAUAUGAGGAACUCUGGAGUUUGGUGUCCUCUGUUAGCAUUGUUUCAUCGUGGUCUUAUUGUUGCAUUGUUUUCCGGUGUUUGACGUACGGAAGUUUUGUUGGGAAAAGACGCUGUCGCUGUGUGUUGGAUGUUCCCCCCAGUAUUCGCAGUUGUACAUUAGUUUACGGCUUAUGCGGCAACUAGCUUAGCGUCACCGCCAGCCGGCGCAACUGGCGUGGUUACUAAUGUCAGAAAAGAAGAGAGACGGGGCGUUUAUGAGCGUUUCCAGUCCCCACCUCUUCGAGGUUGCUGGUCACGGGAGGAAUGGCGUAUUUCAAGUUCAAAACCGACCAGCUUGCUGCUCAAGAGUAUGCGUUGUCCUUGACUUGUGGGUACAAUAGCUGGUUCCUGGAUAGAGCUUUGAGUUUGGCCCUCGGAGCCACUAGAUUUUGUGGCUCUACAGUGUUAUUCAUUGCUAGUGGCUUUUAGAUUUGCUGUUGAUAAUACAAUCGUUGUCGCACCAUCCGAGGCGUAAGGAAAAACCACCCAAACCCGAGCAUUAGAACCGUGUGCGAGGCUUGGAAGCGGUAGUACAGUGAUUGGAUCAUAGCUUGUGAUGAUGGUCGUUUGCCCUUCGGCGAGCGUGACCAACGGGCUUUGGAGUCCUAUGUGUGGGCAAGGUUGAGUUGUCAUUUUUGUACGAAGUGAACCUUUUGGGAGCCAUGCUUUCACGUUACUUAUCCUAUUACGGUGGAAAAACCGCAAUUAGACUAGACUACAUAUUUUGACUGCAUGGUC